CUCAAGCCCAAUAAUUCUUGCAAAACCCUGAUAACGAGUAAAAACAGGGUUUAAUCAACACACACUAAAACACCUUCAAAACGCGCGCACACACCCACAGCUGCGUUCACUCCACCAUACAUAGCUCAGACAACUCAGUUUGAUUGUUAAAGCAACGAGUCACAAGUGCAUAGCUGCGAAGGGUAUUGGGAAGCUAUUCUAAGGCUAUGCCAAGAUUUCGGAAUAAAAAGAGAGUUCCUUUUGUCAAGCCUGUUGUAAAGAAACAACAGCAGCAGAAUGUCGAUCAUAUUACUGGAGACAGGAUACCGCGGAGCUUUGUUUUUUCAAGAGGGAAGUUGCCUGGUUCACUUAAACAGUUGCAGGCAGACUUGAGAAAACUUAUGCUUCCGUACACAGCACUUAAGCUUAAGGAGAAGAAGCGUAAUAAUCUCAAAGACUUCCUGAACGUUGCAGGACCAAUGGGGGUUACACACUUUCUUAUGUUAUCAAAAACUGCAACUGCACCCUACUUGAGGGUAGCUAAGACGCCACAAGGCCCAACACUUACAUUCAAGAUACAUGAAUAUUCGUUGGCUAUUGAUGUUGCUCGAUCCCAGUUGCGUCCAAGAUGUCCUAAAGAUCUGUUCGCAAAUUCACCACUGAUUGUGCUUUCUGGAUUUGGCAAAGAAGAGCGACAUCUGAGCCUCAUUACUACAGUGUUUCAGAAUAUAUUUCCAGCCAUUGAUAUAAACACUGUCAAGCUUUCUUCCUGUCAGAGGAUAGUGUUACUUAAUUACAACAAGGAUACAAAGCUUAUUGAUUUUCGGCAUUUUUCAAUCAGAUUACAGCCGGUUGGUGUCUCACGUAGAAUCAGAAAAUUUGUGCAGAACCAUCAGGUUCCUGAUCUCAGGGAUCUUCAGGACGUGAGUGAUUUUGUGACAAAAGCUGGCUAUGGAUCUGAAAGUGAAGCAGACGAUGAAGCAGCACAUGUGAGUCUGCCAAGUGAUUUAGGCAGAGUUAACCGGUCUACUAACAAAAGUGCUGUUAAGCUUCAGGAGUUGGGGCCUAGAAUGUCUUUGCAACUUAUAAAAAUCGAGGAAGGGUUGUGCUCUGGUGGCGUCAUGUUCAGUGAAUACGAAAACAGUAAAGGGAGUAAAACUCAGGACACUGAAGAAGAACAUAUUGGAAGCGAUGAGGAUAUGGAGGAAGAACAUAGUGAAAGCGAGGAAGAUGAGGAGAACCUGAAUAACUGAAAUAACGUGAAAAAUUAUCGACUUGCUGAAAUGCAGAGGUAGAGUGGUACCUUCCUGUCAUGCUACAAAUGGAUAGAGAUCAAAUGAGGGAGUCCAGUUUUCAGUGAUGUAAAACAUUAUAAUUACUAUUUGACAAUGCUAUACACUUUUGUAAGUUUACCAUCUUGCUGUUUCGUUUUUUUUUGUCAAGAAGUUACCAUUGGAUAUUAAAAAAUCUCUGGUUUGUUUAGUGCCCCACAUGAUUUACAGUGGGUUUUUUAGCAUGGUAUAUAAACAAAUUUCGGGUA